UGUCAAGCAGCGACCAAUCAGGGCAGAGGAUGGAGGCAAGUGGGGGUCGCGCCUGGAGGGAAGUCUUGGCCUCCAAAGCUACAGCUGCAGACCAGUGUUGAGCUGAGAUGGCCCAAGCCUGACAGUCCAUGAUCUGGGAUCCAGACUUCCGUGUACAAGCUGCAGUUUCCUAGCGGAUGAUCUAAACCACCGGGCAGCGCUGGGCCAGGAGAGGAGGACUCUCUGCCUGGAUGUGUGGGAACUCCCUGCCAACUUGAUUGUCGGAUCUGGGGGGGAUCCACCCCCACCCCACAGGGAAAGCACAAUCUGUUUUGUGGGUGGGGGGGUCUCAGGUGCCACCCCCUGAAGCAUGGCCACCCCCGUGGUCACCAAGACUGCCUGGAAGUUGCAAGAGAUCGUGGCCCAUGCCAGCAAUGUGUCCUCGUUGGUGCUGGGCAAGGCCUCAGGGCGGCUGCUGGCCACUGGUGGAGAUGACUGCCGUGUCAACCUGUGGUCGAUCAACAAGCCCAACUGCAUCAUGAGCCUGACAGGUCAUACAUCCCCUGUGGAGAGUGUCCGCCUCAACACCCCUGAGGAGCUCAUCGUAGCCGGUUCCCAGUCGGGCUCCAUUCGUGUCUGGGACCUGGAAGCUGCCAAAAUUCUCCGCACACUCAUGGGGCACAAAGCCAACAUCUGCAGCCUGGAUUUCCACCCCUAUGGCGAAUUUGUGGCCUCAGGUUCCCAGGACACAAAUAUCAAGCUCUGGGACAUCAGGAGGAAAGGCUGUGUCUUCCGAUACAGGGGACACAGCCAGGCUGUGCGGUGUCUCCGGUUCAGCCCUGAUGGGAAGUGGCUGGCCUCGGCAGCAGAUGACCACACAGUGAAGCUCUGGGAUCUGACAGCUGGCAAGAUGAUGUCUGAGUUCCCUGGUCACACAGGGCCUGUGAACGUGGUGGAGUUUCACCCCAAUGAGUAUCUCCUAGCUUCUGGCAGCUCUGACAGGACGAUCCGCUUCUGGGAUCUGGAGAAGUUCCAGGUGGUGAGCUGCAUUGAAGGGGAGCCAGGGCCAGUCAGGAGUGUCCUCUUCAACCCCGACGGCUGCUGCUUAUACAGUGGCUGCCAGGACUCGCUGCGCGUCUACGGUUGGGAGCCUGAGCGCUGCUUUGAUGUGGUCCUUGUCAACUGGGGCAAGGUGGCUGAUCUGGCCAUCUGUAAUGACCAGCUGAUAGGAGUGGCCUUCUCCCAGAGCAAUGUCUCCUCUUAUGUGGUGGACCUGACGAGAGUCACCAGGACAGGCACUGUGACCCAGGACCCUGUGCAGGCUAGCCAGCCUCUGACACAGCAGACCUCCAACCCUGGUGUCUCCCUCCGCCGCAUCUAUGAGCGGCCCAGCACAACCUGCAGCAAGCCUCAGAGGGUAAAGCACAACUCGGAGAGUGAGCGGCGCAGCCCCAGCAGCGAAGAUGACAGGGAUGAGCGUGAGUCCAGGGCCGAGAUCCAGAACGCUGAGGACUACAAUGAGAUCUUCCAGCCCAAGAACAGCAUCAGUCGGACACCGCCUCGGAAAAGUGAGCCCUUCCCAGCGCCCCCAGAAGAUGACACAGCCACAGCAAAGGAGGCCUCGAAACCUAGCCCAGCCAUGGAUGUGCAGCUGCCGGUGCCAAAUCUCGAGGUCUCAGCCCGACCUCCAGUCUUGACUUCCACUCCUGCACCCAAGGGCGAGCCUGCCAUCAUCCCUGCCACACGGAAUGAGCCCAUUGGCCUAAAGGCCUCUGACUUUCUGCCUGCCGUGAAGGUCCCCCAGCAGGCCGAGCUGGUGGAUGAGGAUGCCAUGUCACAGAUACGGAAAGGCCACGACACCAUGUGUGUGGUACUUACCAGCCGCCACAAGAACCUGGACACUGUACGGGCCGUGUGGAGCACGGGAGAUAUCAAGACAUCAGUGGACUCCGCAGUGGCCAUCAAUGACCUGUCUGUGGUGGUAGACCUCCUGAACAUUGUCAACCAGAAAGCCUCACUGUGGAAGCUGGACCUGUGUACCACAGUGCUGCCACAGAUUGAGAAGCUUCUGCAGAGCAAGUAUGAGAGCUAUGUCCAGACUGGGUGCACCUCCCUGAAGCUGAUCCUGCAGCGGUUCCUGCCCCUCAUCACUGACAUUUUGGCAGCCCCACCUUCUGUGGGUGUGGAUAUCAGCCGGGAGGAGAGGCUGCACAAGUGCCGACUCUGCUUCAAACAACUCAAGAGCAUCAGUGGCCUCGUCAAGAGCAAGUCAGGUCUGAGUGGCCGCCAUGGCAGUGCCUUCCGUGAGCUGCACCUGCUCAUGGCCAGUUUGGACUGAGGAGCUUACCGGUGGGUCUUACACUCUAGUUCGCUGUAUGCCUGUGGCCCAUGAGCCUCAGCUUGGCCUCCACUCUUGCCUUGAUGGCCAUCCUGGAGGCAGCAUCGCCAGCCCACUGACCACAGUUGUGGACUUACAACUUCCUCUCCAGCAGCAGCUGCACAGUCUUGCUUCUCAGGGCAACUCCAGCCUCGGAGCUGCUGCUGCUGUAACUUAUCAGGCAGAUUUAUUAAAUGUAUAACUGUUCCU